CUCUGAUUGGUCGACCGGGGUCACGUGAUUCGACCGCGGGAUGUGACUGCAGCGCCAAGCGCGUUUGGCGGGACCACGCUUAGACGGCGUCGUCUGUGCUCCGUAGGUCUGUCGUGUAACGAACCGUAGUGACUCUCCUGGCAUAAUGGCUGGCGGAAAGGCGGGCAAGGACUCUGGGAAGGCGAAGGCAAAGGCGGUCUCCCGUUCGGCGAGGGCUGGCUUGCAGUUUCCUGUGGGCAGAAUUCACAGGCAUCUCAAGAACAGAACUACCAGCCACGGACGCGUCGGUGCCACGGCGGCCGUCUAUAGCGCCGCUAUCUUGGAAUACCUCACGGCUGAGGUAUUGGAAUUGGCGGGGAAUGCAUCAAAGGACUUGAAGGUAAAACGUAUCACACCUAGGCACUUACAGCUAGCCAUUCGUGGUGACGAGGAAUUGGAUAGUCUUAUCAAGGCAACCAUUGCUGGAGGAGGUGUCAUCCCACAUAUCCACAAAUCGUUGAUCGGCAAGAAGGGCUCUCAAAAGCCAGCAUAAUUUAGCGUCUGAUUUGGAUAAGAGAAGAUUUCCAAGGCAAGUAAAACGAAGGUGAUAAGAAUAUAGGAAGAGCAAGAAGAAGCAAGAAAGAGUGACUGUUAACAAAGUGUACCUACGUUACUAUAUCGAUGGAGGGACAGGCGUGAUAUAUAUAAAUAUAUAUAUACAUAAACAUAUAUAUAUAUAUAAAUAAAACAAAUAUUGAUAUAAUUUAAUAUAGGUAAUGAAGGUUAACGAAAAAGGAACGAAUGUUCGAGACGUAAUCGGCAAGGGGGUAGGGGGCGAAGUAAUUUACAAUUUUAAAAAAUAUUUCGAAUACAUAGCAUGCCAGUCGCCAAUGGGUUAAAAUGGCGGGCGAUGUGUUGUAGCAUGGCUCGCUCAAGUCCAUUGAAGCCGUUAUAGUACCAUUUCGUGUAUGAAGUUUGUUUAGGCAUCUUGUGAGUAUUUAAGAUAAAAGAAAUAGAAAAAAAGGGAAUAGUGAGACCGGUAUAGCUUUUUUGCCGAGCGCGCGUCGUUGGUGCUUCUAGAAUUUGGCGUUCUCGUUCGUUUAUUCCUUUUGUCACCUCGUAUGCCUUUUCGAGAUGAUCCGAUUGGAUCGUUCGCGCAGUCCUUUCCGCACCGAUAACGCGUACAGAGCUUCAAGAGCCUUUGACAAUCUCGAGUGAAAUGAAUAGGAUUGCUUUUUGACGUUCUCGUGGACUUGCGCCCGUUUGUCUCUCGGUCGAAUAACACUCCAUCAUGUUGAAGACUUUGUUAAUGACUUAGCGAGCAGACGAUAAAACUUAAAACGCAAGUACUUCCUUCUUGUCGUUAAAUACUCGGGAUCUUCUCACUAAAGUGAAAGGUAACUGUGGGUGAAUAAAAAGCUCUGUGACUUCGGAUAGUUCGUUUUUUUGAUUUCGUGAUUUCUUUUGUCAAUUUUAAUUUUGGACUAUAUCUGAACAUUAAACAUUUUAUUUUAAUUUUACGCGUGGGAUCCAAUUUGCUUUUAAAGUUAGGUCCUGCAAUUCUUGAUUUCCGGGUCACAAGUGUUUUCUUUCGGUUCUGCUUGUCACGAUGCUUGUAAACGACUCACUACGUGUACCUGUGUUUGAUUUUAUUGGAAAUAUGGAAUGCUAGCCUAUGUUAUUGAUUGUUAAGAAUCGAAAUUGCAGGACCGAAAGUGGCUUCAAGCUGAAAGCUUUUUAUUCAGACAAGGUCGAAAUGGCUGUACGCAUACUUAUUCAAAAUUAAACCAAUAAGCCAAGUAGCGAGUACUCGACUGUCUUUGUUAUGCUUUAAGAAAAAGAAAGGUAUAAGGUUAGAGGAAAAAAAGAAAGCAACGCGAGGAUCCUAUUACGAUCGUGUGAAUGAUGGGAAGCAAAUGAGCUCCUAUUAUGUAAAAGGAAGAGUUAAAAAGGAAAAAGAAGCAAAAAUAAUAGGACUUUGCAAGUUUCUUCGCCGACAUCUCACAGUCUUGUUCUUUACCAAUCUUCAUUUUUAUUAUUCGUACGAUUUAUUGUUACAUUAGUAAUUUAGCGUAAUUUCCACUGUCGACGGUAAUUGACACCGUAAUAUAAAAUAAAAACACGUAUGACACACCAGCCAUAUGUAAAACGUUCAUUUUCAUAAUAAAGGUAAAUUUUACUAUUGAGA